AUGAUACAAUGUUAUGCACCAACAAAUGAUGCAGAUGAAACAAAAAUAACGUUUUAUGAGAAACUCCAAAGUAUAACCUGCAAAACACCACGACAUGACAUCCUUAUAGUCUUAGGUGAUAUGAAUGCUAAAGUAGGAAAUAAUAACUUAGAUAGAGAAAGAGUUAUGGGUAAAUAUGGACUUGGCACUAUAAACGAAAAUGGAGAACUACUUGUAGAUUUUUGUGGAGAUAACGACCUUGUUAUUGGAGUCAAAUUAAAACAACCUGCACUUCUCAAGAAAUUUAAGAUCGAACUCAGAAACAGGUUUCAAGUGUUAGAAAACCUUCAAGACAACAAGCCAAGUACCGUAGAAAGCUUAGAACAGGGAUGGAGUAGGAUUGAAACUGUUUUUAAAGAAACAUCAAGAAACACUCUAGGGCUCCGACAACGUGAAAGGAAGAAAUGGAUGAGUGAUGAAACAUGGACUAGUAUUCAGCAGAGAAAAGACAUAAAGACAAAAUUGAACAGCACAAAAUCAGAACGAAUCCAAACUACUCUUAGGAAAGAAUAUCCAGUCAGGGACAAAGAAGUCAAACGUAAAACAAAAGCAGAUAAGGCAAUAUACCUAGAGACACUUGCUAAAGAAGCAGAGACAGCAGCUUCUAAAGGAGAACUUAGCACUGUGUAUAAAAUAACGAAAGAACUACGUGGUAAGCACAUGAGCUCCAGUGUACCAUGUAAGUCCAAGGAUGGUAAAACACUAGCCUCAGAAAGACAACAACUGCAGAGGUGGACUGAACACUUUAAAGAAACAUUGAAUGCAGAACAUCAGGCAGAUGUUCCAGUUAUUGGACAGUUUGGAAUGGAACUAGACAUCGAUAUUGGGGAAGUAUCAAGGGAUGCGAUCAGGAAGGCAAUACUUAGACUCAAGAACGGGAAGUCACCUGGCUUAGAUGCAACAACAGCUGAAAUGCUUAAAGCAGACAUAAAAACAAGCACAACCAUGUUUCAUGAACUGUUUAAACAUAUCUGGAGGCAUGACACUAUUUCAAAUGAUUGGGCAAAGGGUCUUAUAAUCAAACUACUCAAGAAAGGAGACCAAAGUGACUGCAACAACUGGCGUGGUAUAACGUUGCUGUCAGUACCAAGCAAGAUACUACUGAGAGUACUUUUAAACAGAAAAGAUGAUGCUAUAGAUGAAAUUCUGAGGAAAGAGCAGGCAGGCAACAGAAACAACCUGCAGAACAAAACCACCAGACUGAAUGAAACAGCACAAAGUAAAGGACUGACUAUAAGUGAGAAGAAGACCAAGCUCAUGAACAUCAGCAGUAACACAAUACAACCAGUGUACUUGGGACAUAACAUCAUAGAAGAGGUUGAGGACUUUACAUAUCUUGGGAGCAUGUUAAGUAACACCAAUGGAACAGCAAAAGAUUUAAGAGCCAGAAUAAGCAAAGCCAAAUAUCCAUUCUGCCCAUAUGGAAGAGAAGGUCAAUCAGUCUGA